UCUUUCUCCCCUUCCUCACUCGCGUGAAACCCUCCACGAAAAAGGUGCGCGGAACUUGACAGGGGAGCUUGCAGGCGCAGGCAUCGACGGUUAUUCUUUCCGAGGUUUAAUACUCACAACGGAAAUAAAAACGGGAUUUUGCAGUGACAACGAAAAAGAUUCCUGGAACCCUAGGUCGCCGAAGAACAUGUCGGCAUGCGUUUACAUACCUGUUCAGAACUCGGAGGAAGAGGUGAGGGUUGUCCUCGAUCAGCUUCCACGUGAUGCCUCCGACAUAGUGGACAUCCUCAAGGCGGAGCAAGCCCCUCUGGACCUCUGGCUUAUCAUUGCGAGGGAAUACUUUAAGCAAGGAAAAAUUGAGCAGUUCAGACAAAUUUUGGAGGAAGGGUCUAGUCCUGAAAUAGAUGAAUACUAUGCUGAUGUUCGGUAUGAACGGAUUGCUAUCCUGAAUGCUCUUGGAGCUUACCAUACUUAUUUAGGAAAGAUUGAGACAAAGCAACGGGAGAGGGAUGAUAAUUUUGUUUUAGCAACUCAAUAUUACAAUCGAGCAUCAAGGAUUGAUGUUCACGAGCCUUCCACUUGGAUCGGAAAAGGCCAGCUUUGUGUCGCCAAAGGUGAUCUCGCACAGGCAUCUAGCCAAUUCAGUAUUGCUUUGAAUGAAGACCAGAAUAAUGUUGCUGCACUUCUUGGUCAGGCAUGUGUUGAGUUCAACGUAGGGGAAAAUGAAGAGCAGUAUCAGAAAGCAUUGGAGUCGUAUAAGAGAUCGUUGGACUAUUAUAAGAGGGCACUGCGAGCUUAUCCUAACUGUCCCGGAGUUACAAGGCUUGGUAUUGGUUAUUGUAGAUACAGGCUUGGUCAGUUUGACAAGGCCCGGCAAGCCUUUCAACGAGUUCUUGAUUUAGAUCCAGAGAAUAUUGAGGCUCUAAUGGCUCUUGGAAUUAUGGAACUUCAAACAAAUGAAGCUGAUGGUAUUAAAAAAGGCAUGGCGAAGAUGCAGAGAGCUUUUGAGAUAUAUCCAUACUGUUCAAUGGGGCUUAAUCAUCUGGCGAAUCAUUUUUUCUUUACUGGCCAGCAUUUUCUUGUGGAGCAGUUAACCGAGACUGCUCUUUCUGUGAGCAAUCAUGGGUUGAUGAAAUCUUACUCCUAUUACAACCUAGCAAGAUCUUAUCACAGCAAGGGUGAUUUUGAGAAGGCUGGGCGGUAUUACAUGGCUGCUGUCAAAGAAAUUAACAAGCCUCAAGAGUUCGCUUUACCGUUUUAUGGCCUUGGACAAGUUCAAUUGAAAUUAGGAGAUUUAAAAAAUGCCCUUUCAAACUUUGAGAAAGUUCAGGAGGUGUACCCUGAAAAUUGUGAAACUUUGAAGGUUGUUGCACAUAUUCAUGUUCAGUUUGGUCAGACUGAAAAGGCCUUGGAAAUUUUCCGGAAAGCAACACGCGUAGAUCCGAAGGAUGCUCAGGCAUUCAUGGAGCUUGGGGAGUUAUUGAUGCCAACUGAUCCAGGCGCUACUUUGGAUGCUCUAAAAUCUGCUUUAAAUAUUCUUAAGAGGGGAGGUGAGGAAGUACCUGUAGAAUUGCUGAACAAUAUUGGUGUUCUGUACUUUGAAAAGGGGGAGUUUGAGUUGGCUGAGCAAACUUUCAAGGAGGCACUUGGAGAAGGUGCCUACCUGUCUUUUUUGUUUGAAAGAACAAAGUGUCUCACUGUAGAUUGCAAUGCAUACAAUGGGCAGUACUGGGAUUUGACAAUAUUCCACCAACUUGAAGAAAAUGGUAUUUCUCUAGAAUUCACUUGGGAUAAAAUAACUACUCUUUUCAACUAUGCCAGACUCCUAGAACAACAACGCAACAGUGAAAGAGCAAGUAUACUGUACCGGUUGAUCUUGUUUAAGUAUCCAGAUUACAUUGAUGCUUAUUUAAGGCUUGCAGCAAUGGGCAAAGGAAGGAGGAAUAUUCAACUUAGCAUUGAAAUGAUUCACGAAGCUCUUAAAAUCGAUGAUAAAUGUCCUAAUGCUCUAACAAUGCUUGGUGACCUUGAACUUAAAAGUGAUGACUGGGUUAAGGCUAAAGACACCUUCCGUGCUGCCAGAGAUGCAACUAAUGGAAAAGAUUCUUAUUCCACUCUAUCUCUGGGUAAUUGGAACUAUUUUGCAGCCAUGCGAUCUGAAAAAAGAGGACCGAAAUUGGAAGCGACUCAUCUUGAAAAAGCAAAAGAACUCUAUACAAAAGUUUUGAUGCUGUGCCCUGCAAAUCUCUAUGCUGCAAAUGGUGCUGGAGUGAUUUUGGCAGAGAAAGGUCGUUUUGAUGUUUCAAAGGAUGUUUUCACCCAGGUGCAAGAGGCUGCAUCUGGAAGUAUUUUUGUUCAGAUGGCAGAUGUGUGGAUAAAUCUGGCUCACGUCUAUUUUGCUCAAGGUCAUUUUGCCUUGGCUGUGAAGAUGUAUCAGAAUUGCUUGAGGAAGUUCUAUUAUAAUACAGAUUCGCAAGUACUUCUUUAUUUGGCUCGGACUCACUAUGAGGCUGAGCAAUGGCAAGAUUGCAAGAAAACAUUGCUUAGAGCCAUCCAUUUGGCGCCUUCAAAUUAUACUUUACGGUUUGAUGCAGGAGUUGCAAUGCAAAAAUUUUCAGCUUCAACUCUGCAAAAGUCAAAGAGAACUGCUGAUGAGGUACGUGCCACCGUCACAGAAUUGAAGAAUGCAGUUCGUGUUUUUAGUCAGCUUUCUGCUGCUUCUAGCUUCCAUUCCCAUGGAUUUGAUGAGAAGAAGAUACGAACUCAUGUAGAGUAUUGCAAGCAUUUACUUGAUGCUGCUAAAGUACAUUGUGAGGCAGCAGAACGUGAAGAGCAGCAGAACCGCCAGAGGCUAGAAGUUGCUCGUCAAGUUUCCUUGGCAGAAGAAGCUAAACGGAAAGCUGAAGAACAGAGGAAAUAUCAGUUGGAACGGAGAAAGCAAGAGGAUGAGCUGAAACGAGUGAUUCAACAGGAGGAAAAUUUUGAGCGUAUAAAGGAGCAAUGGAAAAAUUACACCAAUACCUCUGGUGGUAAGCGCAAAGAUAGGUCACACUUUGAAGAUGAGGAUGGCGGAAAUGGCGAGAGGAAGAGAAGGAAAGGUGGGAAAAGGAGAAAGAAGGACAAGCGGAAGGAUCAUUAUGAACAAGAAGUGGAUAUGGAAGAUGAGCAGGAAGAAAUGGAUGAAGAUGAUGCUAAACAAAUGAAUGGUCGGGAUGAAGAGAUGGUCAGAGAUAACCAUCUAGCUGCAGCUGGUCUUGAAGAUUCCGAUGCUGAAGAUGAUAUGGGAGAGUCUGCCAUAAACCGGAAAAGAAAGGCUUGGUCGGAAUCCGAUGAAGAUGAUGAACCAACUGAGAGGAUUCGCAAUCCCAGCCCUGAUGGAUACAGGGACUCCGCUGGAAGUGACGAGGAACCUAGAGGCAAUGGCCGAGGCACUCAGAUCGACGAAAAUGAUGAUUACUAGGAACCUCCAGAUAGAGAUUUAUACAUAUUUUAUCUCGGUGAGUUUUGAAAAGCCAUAAAUAUUUUAAUUUGGUAGAACUGAAUUUAAGCAAAUAGUUCUUUAUUACUUAUUUUGAAUCUCUUCAGUCUUUUUGGAGGCCUCUAAAAGCUUUCCUGUUCUUAUUUUUUGUUAACUUAAAGCUAAAUGAUGUAUAUG